AUGGCGUGCCGGCGGUCCCUGCCGCUCCCCGCCGCCCCGGCUCUCGGCUGCGCGCUGCUCCUCGCCUUCAAGUUCACCUGCAGUCGAGCAAAAGAUGUGAUAAUACCAGCAAAGCCACCUGUCAGCUUUUUCUCCUUGAGGUCUCCGGUCCUUGACCUCUUCCAGGGGCAGCUGGACUAUGCAGAACACGUUCGCCGUGAUUCGGAGGUGGUCCUACUCUUCUUCUAUGCCCCGUGGUGUGGGCAGUCCAUUGCUGCCAGGGCAGAGAUUGAGCAAGCUGCAAGUCGGCUUUCAGACCAGGUGUUGUUUGUGGCAAUUAACUGUUGGUGGAACCAGGGGAAAUGCAGAAAACAGAAACACUUCUUUUAUUUUCCUGUGAUAUAUCUGUAUCAUCGAAGUUUUGGACCAAUCGAAUACAAAGGCCCCAUGAGUGCUGUUUACAUUGAGAAGUUUGUCCGCCGGGUGAUGAAACCACUUCUCUACAUCCCAUCUCAAUCAGAAUUACUAGAUUUUCUCUCAAACUACGAGGAA